UGGCGGCGCCCGUCAGCAUGUGUGUGUAGCAGGGACGAAGCUUUAUUUACUCGUUUGUAUAUAAUAAUCGGAUUAUUCGAACCCAUACCCUUGUGACAGUCGAGUAAUUCUUUUUAAACAUGAACAUGAACCUGCCAAGACUUUGUCACAGACUGUGUUUAUCAGUGGUACAGACACGUCCUCUUCACAUCAGUGGCAAUGGGCAACAGCUGGAGAAGGCCUCCUUGGCAGUAGAUGCUGAUGGAUCAGGUCGUCCCUCUAUUUGCAGGACCUCAGAGAGUGACCCGUCGUGCCAUGCAGAGCAUCAUGUUGGUCAGUACUACACGCUUCCCGCUGCACAUGUCCGCACAUUAUUUCCACAUGGACUGCCCCAACGCUUUCAGAUGCAGAUGAAGACGUUUAAUGAAACCUGUUUUAUGGUGAGACAACCAUCACUGGAGCUCAUCUCGUAUUUAAAAAGAGCUGAUUACAGCAAACCUGCCCUGCGCUAUCUGCUCUAUGGAGAGACCGGAUGUGGGAAGACCAUGUCUCUGUGCCACGCACUGCAUUUCUGCUCCACACAAGGCUGGCUCAUCCUGCACAUACCAGAUGCUCAUCUGUGGGUCAAGAACUGUAGUGAGCUGCUACCCUCAUCAUCUCGCCCAGGUCGCUUUGAUCAGCCAAUCCAGGCCUCACAGUGGCUAAAGAACUUUAAAAUCACCAACGAGCAUUUUCUGUCCAAGAUAAAAACAACACAGCGUUAUGUGUGGACAAAGAGAGAAAGCACAGAGGAAGGCCGACCUUUGGGUGAACUGAUUAAUCAGGGUGUGACUCGUGUGAAGAGCAGCAGUGAUGUGGUGGGCGCGUUGCUUCGUGAGCUGAGGUUGCAGGUUGGCGGUGACAGAGAAGAAUCCUUUAGACUGGCUGUAGCCGUGGAUGGAGUCAAUGCUCUUUGGGGGAGGACGUCUUUGAGGAAGGAGGACAAGAGCGAGGUCGCAACAGAUGAGCUUACACUUGUUCAUAAUCUGCGGAAAAUGCUCAGGAACGACUGGUGUGGAGGAGCCAUUCUUACAACUCUCUCACAGACAGGAUCUCUGUUUACAUCUCGCUUAUCUUACCUUCCUAUGGAGCUGCUGGGAGAGGAGGGAUUUGAUCGGAUGGACCCCUUUGUGCCAGUUCCAAUUUCCAACUACAGUGAUAAGGAGUUUGAGAGCUGUUAUCUGUACUAUAUGGACCGUAACUGGAUGCAGCAUCCACACAGUCAAACAGAAGAAGGAAAGAAGGAGCUUACUUUUCUCAGCAACAGAAAUCCAUCUAUCUUGGAAAGACUGUGUGCCUUCUUGUAAUAAAUGUUCUCCCUCCCUCUCUCUCGCUCGCUCUCUCCCUGUGUUUGCGUAAUAUGAUCCAUUAUACAGUUCACAUAUGCCACUGAUGUCUUUAAUAAUAAAAAGCCCAUGGGAAAAACUGA